CCGUGCGCCCGGGGCUCGGCUUCCACGUGGGUGCGCGGGAGCGGCCCCGGGGACCCGGGAGCGAUCAUGGCGGGCGCCGAGGCCGGGGACGCGGCCCGGAGCCAGGCCCCGCCGCCUCAGAAGCGCUACUAUCGGCAACGCGCGCACUCCAACCCCAUGGCCGACCACACGCUGCGCUACCCCGUGAAGCCAGAGGAGAUGGACUGGUCAGAGCUGUACCCGGAGUUCUUCGCCCCGCCGGCUCCGAACGAGAGCCAUGAUGAUCCGAAGGAGAAGGAAGGGAAGCGAGCUGGCGUCCAAGUGGAGUUUGCGGACAUCGGCUGUGGCUACGGAGGCCUGUUAGUGGAACUGUCCCCGCUGUUCCCAGACACGCUGAUCCUGGGCCUGGAGAUCCGGGUGAAGGUCUCCGACUACGUGCAGGACCGGAUUCGGGCUCUUCGGGCCGCGCCCGGGGGCGGCUUCCAGAACAUCGCCUGUCUCCGCAGCAACGCCAUGAAGCACCUCCCGAACUUCUUCCGCAAGGGCCAGCUGACGAAGAUGUUCUUCCUCUUCCCCGACCCACAUUUCAAGCGGACGAAGCACAAGUGGCGAAUCAUCAGCCCCACGCUGCUGGCUGAGUAUGCCUACGUGCUUCGGGUCGGGGGGCUGGUGUAUACCAUCACAGACGUGCAGGAGCUCCACGAGUGGAUGUGUACCCAUUUUGAAGGACACCCACUGUUUGAGCGGGUACCUCUGGAGGAGCUGAGUGAAGACCCCAUUGUAGGACACCUGGGCACCUCCACAGAGGAGGGGAAGAAAGUGCUGCGCAACGGAGGCAAGAAUUUCCCCGCGGUCUUCCGGAGAAUACAGGACCCCGCCCUCCAGGCAGCGAGCCCCAGCCCUGCCUCUCCCGGCCACUGACUGCUGUCUGGCCCAGACGGACCCUUCCUCUUUAAGGACCUAGAACAAUCAAGGGCCUGAGCGAUACUACAGCGACUGGGCACUUGUGUUGCACGAGUCCAGUUCCUGGCAUCCCAGAUGGUCCCCUGACCACCGCCAGGAGUGCAGCUGAGGGCAGGGCCGGAAGUCACCCCUGAGCAUCACUGGGCAUGGCCCAGAAGAAAAAGAAAAAAAAAAAAUCAGGUCUCUGCACUCAGGCUGAGACCACCGGGGCUGACAACAGCCUCUCCCAACAGCUCUUGCCCUAUGGGUGUGAGGCCCAGGGCUCGUUCCCUGGCGCCAAGAGAAAGGAAGUUGAGUGCCUGUCCCUGACAGAACAGGUGACCGUCAUGAGACCCCCUGUACUGCCCGAAGAAAGCAGCAGAGCUGACCGGGCAGGUGGAGAGAUGGAUCGAAGGGACUUGGGGAAGGGUCACGUGCUCCCUCUGCCUCUGGGAUCGCCCCUCGCCCGGAGCGGGACUGCACUGUGUCUAAACUGCCGGCCUGGCCCAAAUCACCUGCCUACUGUGUUUACUGUGGAGAGCUUGUGUGUCCACGUGCGCGUGCCCAUGGGACUGCCUCCACAGAGCCCUGGGCUGAGACAAGGCCACCUCUGCCUCUGGCGUGACCCAGAGAGUCUGUGUCUCCGAA